AUGGAGGCUUUCGAUUCAGUUCAUGCAAGACCAGCUCCGUUUUGGAGAAAUGGACCUCAACCAGGAGGUUUAUACAACUUUUCAAAUAACUCAACGACUUCACGAAACACUUCAGAAUCCCAGAGAUCUGCUUAUCCAGUUGUCACAGGGACGUCUGUCCUGGGACUUAAGUUUAAUGGCGGUGUUAUCAUUGCAGCAGAUAUGCUUGGUUCAUACGGUUCUUUGGCAAGAUUCAGGAACAUUUCUAGAUUGAAUCGAGUCAAUGAUUCCACUGUGAUUGGAUGUGGAGGCGACUAUGCUGAUUAUCAAUUCUUGAAAAGCGUCAUCGAGCAGAGAGUCAUUGAUGAGGAGUGUUUGGACGACGGUUUCGGAUUCACACCAAAAAGUAUGUUUUCAUGGCUGACGAGAGUUUUGUACAACAGAAGAUCAAAAUUUAAUCCAUUAUGGAAUGUCUAUGUAGUUGCUGGGUUACAAGAUGAAGAACCAUUCCUUGGCUACAUUGAUAAAAUUGGUGUCGCUUACGAAUCGCCUUCUAUUUCAUCUGGUUUCGGAUCUCAUAUUGCUUUGCCGAUUUUACGAGAAGAGAUGGAAAAGAACCCAAAUAUGAAUGAAAAGGAUGCAACUGAAUUGAUCCAGAGAUGUAUGAAGCUGUUAUACUAUAGAGAUGCCAGAUCCCUUAAUAAAUACCAAUACGCCGUCAUCACCAAGGCUGGUGCCAAGAUUCAUGGUCCAAUUGUUCCUGAAUCAAAUUGGGAGAUUGCUCAUCUAAUUCAAGGAUAUGAAUAAGACUCUCAUACACCUAUUUUUAUAAGGCUUCAUCAAUGAUCAAGAUCGGCAAGGCUGGAAAUAAUGUGAUAGCCAUGUAUUUGACUUGCAUACAGUCAUCAGCUAAAGAUAUCAAUUCUAUCUAUCUAUUUAGGCUAAGCUAUUUGCUUGACCAGCUGAAAGAGCUAAAUUUCAGCUUAUUUCUGUACUAUUGCUUGAAUUGUUUCCAAUUUUGCGACUGUCAAAUUAUUUUCAGCCUUUGCCAGAAGAAUAUACGAGCUAACUAUACUGACUUUAGUGACAUUAAGAUUUCAUGUGAAAUUUUCAUUGUUAUUUAUUCAUCCAUCUUGAAUGUCAUCUGAUAAAUAUUGUUAUAAAAUUUCAAUGAAUGACUUAUUGGUUCUGAAUCUUAAAAAGACUCCAUUAUUAUAUAGCCAACUUUUCAUUUGUAGUUAAAAGGUUUCUUGUAUUCAAGGAAUGCUUCACAGGGAAUAACAUCUAUAAUGCAAAAAAAAACAAGCGACUUCUUCUUGUC